AUGGACGCGUGGACGACGAUGCUGGACCUGCGCUCGUACCUCUACUUCGCCUGGAAGAGCAUGGCGAUGCUCCACCUCAUCGCCAUGAGCGACAAGGACGACCUCCGACGAUACCUACCUUGUCUCAUGGUGCUGCCGCCACCGACGCCCGUCAAGACCAUCACGGUCUCCAAGCAGUGGGAGACGCGCUACAAGCUGGCCGACGGCCGCGAAGUUGUCACGCGCCAGUCCUUGACGUACGACGAGCUGGCAUCGCCGUCGACCGACACGGCGACGCGAUCGGCCUAG